AUGGCUCCGCACCACGAAGAGCACUACCACCCCAAGGAUGCGAUCGCGGCAUCGAUGAAGACCACUAUGCUCACUGGUGGAGCGGGUCUUUUCGCCUCGGCCGUCCAGAACACCCUCACCAGACAGAAUGUCGGCCCGCUGGGCGUGUUCAUCCGGAGCGGUGGCACAGUCGGUAUCUUCGCCGCCAUGGGAGGUACCUACGAAUUCGUGAAGACCGCAUCCGCCAACCUUCGUGAGAAGGAAGACCACUGGAACGUCGCCCUGGGAGGUUUCUUCUCCGGCGCCAUCCUGGGUCUCCGAGCUCGCACAUUCCCCGCCCUCCUGGGUUACGGCGUCGCUCUGGCCACCGCCACGGGCGCUUUCGAAUACACCGGUGGAUCGUUGUUCGGCUACAAGAAGAACACCGAUAUCGACGAGUUUGAGCGUCGGGAACAGCUCCGGAAGACAUACAGAAUCCCCGCGGAGCAGACUCUUGCUGAAUUGGGCGAGGGACGAGGUAUCUAUGGCCCCGGAUACGCCGAGAGACGGGCGGAGAGAAUCAAGGAGGCAUACGGUAUCGAGGUUCCCACAACGGCUCCGGCAUCAUGA